AUGGCAUCUAUGGCUUCCAUACUCGCUGCCUCCUCUCUCUCCACCAAGCUCCAGAAGCCAUCUCUCCUCGAAUCCUCCUUCCACGGCGUCCCCGUGGCUCGCGUUCAGCCACUCAAGGCGGCCACAUCCAACGGCCACGGCCUCUCCGUCUCCAUGUCCGCCGGUGGCUCCACCAGCGCUUACGACUUGACCAACUUCAAGUUCGAGCCGAUCAAGGAGUCCAUCGUCUCCCGGGAGAUGACCAGGCGAUACAUGACUGACAUGAUCACCUACGCCGAUACCGACGUCGUCGUCGUCGGUGCCGGUUCGGCCGGCCUGUCGUGCGCCUACGAGCUCAGCAAGAACCCCAAUGUGCAGGUCGCUAUUAUUGAGCAGUCCGUCAGCCCCGGCGGCGGCGCGUGGCUCGGUGGCCAGCUCUUCUCCGCCAUGGUAGUGAGGAAACCAGCACAUCACUUCCUCAACGAGUUAGGAAUUGACUACGACGAGAAGGAUGGCUACGUAGUCAUCAAGCAUGCUGCCCUAUUCACCUCAACUAUCAUGAGCAAGCUCCUUGCCCGUCCUAAUGUGAAGCUCUUCAACGCUGUAGCAGCUGAGGAUUUGAUCAUCAAGGGUGGAAGAGUUGCUGGUGUUGUCACCAACUGGGCCUUGGUCUCCAUGAACCACGACACACAAUCGUGCAUGGACCCCAACGUUAUGGAGGCCAAGGUUGUGGUUAGCUCAUGCGGUCACGAUGGACCGAUGGGAGCCACCGGAGUAAAGAGGUUGAGGAGCGUUGGGAUGAUUGAGAGCGUGCCUGGGAUGAAGGCAUUGGACAUGAAUGCAGCUGAGGAUGCCAUUGUGAAGCUAACAAGGGAAAUUGUACCUGGAAUGAUUGUUACUGGCAUGGAAGUUGCUGAGAUUGAUGGCUCGCCAAGAAUGGGACCUACAUUCGGGGCUAUGAUGAUAUCAGGGCAAAAGGCAGCCCAUUUAGCGUUGAAGGCACUGGGACUACCCAACGCUCUUGAUGGAUCAUAUGUUGGAGGUAUCCAGCCAGAACUGAUCUUAGCUGCUGCAGAUUCUGCUGCCGAGAUUGCUGAUGCUUGA